UCGAAGAAAAUGUCAAUAUGAUCAAUGAGUCACAAAAUAUACAUUUAAAAAGUAUUCAGUCAGAAGUCUAACUCAGGUUUUAUAUAGCAAGUGACAAUAAUUCACGCAUCUGACAUCGUGACAAAAACUGCAUCAUUAUCACCUUUCCCUGGGAAAGAAAGAAAAAAAUAAACAGCUGCCAAACAAAUGAUGACAGUCUCUUUAUAUAAAUACAUUAUGGAUUUUACAAUUUGCAGUCUAUUAUCUGUGCUUUGGUGUAACUUGUGAAUCCUAGAUUUUUUUUUUAAAGUGGAAGCCCAAUAAAUUGUGAUGCAGAUAAAGAGCGAUGCCCCUGGAUAGUGUCACCAUAUUAAACCAGAAAUCAAGGAUUACAGAAAGCACUGCGAGCUGACAGAGGUGGGAACAGGAGUUAUAUGUUUCCAUGAUGACUUCUCUUUUAGAUGUUGAAAGGAAAAUGGCAUCAGAAGUAGGAAUCUAUACCUUGUUAUUUGUCAUUACAAACUUUGUCAACAAGUAUGUCCUGUCUGUCUUAGAGUUUAAAUACCCAACUGUUUUUCAAGGAUGGCAGACUCUGGUUGGUUUCAUAGUUUUGCAACUCUUAGUUAUCACAAAGCGUGUUCCACCAAUGCUGACAGACACAAACAGGUCAGAUUGGGUACAGUGGAUCCCAGGGAUGAUGUUGUUUGCUGGAUCAGUCUAUUCAGGAUCAAAGGGUCUUGCUAACUUGCCAAUGCCAGUGUUCUUUGCUCUCCAAAACCUUGCCUCUGUCAUUGUGUGUGGAGUCCAGAUGAUCAUUACUCAAACAUUGACAAGCUUCUUUACCUACUGUAUGAUGAUGCUGACAGUGAUAUCUUCUAUUAUCAUCAUCCACACUGACCCACAGUUUAGUCAAGAAGGAUAUAUCUGGAUUGGACUUCACAUUAUUUUUACAGGAGGUUUACAGAUUUACACAAAAUUGAUGAAAGGAAGACUGAAAUCUAGCUCAAUAGAGAAGUUGUAUUGUAGUUACAUCUAUUGCAUAAUUUUGUUUGCGCCAUCAAGUUAUUUAAUAGGUGAUGCCCUGGAAGCAGCCAGAUUUCCUCAUCUGUAUUUUUCCAAAUUUUGGCUAGGAUGUUUAUUGAGUGGUGUAUUUGGAGUGUUGUUAAUUCUACAUUCCAUAAACUUGCAAGAAAAAAAAUUAGGACAAGUGGACUUUGCCAAAGUUCAAGGCUUCUCCAAGAUACUAGCAUCUCUCUUGUCAUUCUUUACAUUCACUGAUUUCUACACAGCAAACUUUGCCAUGUGGAUAUUUAUAAAUUUGGUGGCUGGACUCACAGUGCAGGAUACUCAACUGUCUGCUUCUGAAGCUUUUACUACAGAUUCCAGUGAAUAUAGGAAUAAAUUUCCACCCUGUAAUAGAAGUUCUACAUUUGAUGAUUUUAUUAAAGAUGAAGACGUUGAGGGAGUUACAGGACUAGAUGACCUCUAAUGUUUUUAUGACAAAAUAUUAUAUAUCUUUGUUAACUGUGUUUGUCUAGAUAUACUGUUGUUUUUGUGUUGCAUGUAUUUAUAGGACAAGAUGUGAAUGUUAGUAAAAUUGAAAUCCUGAGAAGAGUGAGUGCUGUUUA